GGCGACGUUGCGUAGCACAACGUUGGUCCUCCAAGCAGGCGAAGAAGAAGCUGCAAUAGACGAAGAAGAAGAAAGAACGGCGCUCGUCGGUUCAUCACAAACCGGCGCCAAUGUUGUCAUAAGUGUCUUCUUUACUAACAAAAUGGACAAACUCGGAGAUGUUGACUCGUACGAGAUCGAGGAGCCGAGCGACGAGGAGAGAGCAGCGAGCAGUUCGGAGGACGAGCUGGAUGUGCUGCUCAGCGGCACACCGGAGCAGAAGAAGAAGCUGAUCAGAGAGUAUCUGACCGGGGAGAGUGAGUCCUCCAGCGGGGAUGAGUUCCAGAAGGAGAUGGAAGCUGAGCUCAGCUCCACCAUUAAGACCAUGGAGGACACCUGGGGACCCACCUGCACUACAGCAGGAAGCGUGGUGGCCAACCCUCCCAUGUACGACAACAUCUACUUUGACUCCGACUCCGAUCAAGAAGACGACCAGCCCAGUAGCUCCGGCGGGCGGCGGCGGGCACAGCGGGUCAUCCUGACCAACGACGAGCUGCUCUACGACCCCGACGAGGACGAGCGGGACCAGGCCUGGGUGGACGCCAGACGCAGACGCUACAACAGGAAGCGACCGUCCACGGCGGCCAACGGGCGGCGCUCUCAGCCCGCCAGUCUACCCAGCAGCGACGCCGUCCUCAACUGUCCCGCCUGCAUGACCACGCUGUGUCUGGACUGUCAGAGGCACGACAAGUACCGCACGCAGUACCGCGCCAUGUUCGUCAUGAACUGCACGGUGAGGAAGGACCAGGUGCUGCGCUACCAAGGCCCCCCGGGCAGGAAGCCCCGCGGCAGGAAGCGGCGGAAGGCGGAAGACGAGACGCCGGAGCGGGUGCCGGAGCGGGUGCCGGAGCAGGUGCCGGAGCGGGCGCCGGCAGGGAUGGACGCCGACGAGGUCUACCGUCCCGUGUGCUGCUCGGAGUGUUCCACGGAGGUGGCCGUGAUGGACAAGGACGAGGUCUACCACUUCUUCAACAUCCUAUCAAGCCACUGCUGACGCCCCCUAGUGGACCGUAGGACCAACACACCUUUUUUUUUCAGUCCUGCUUUUUAUUCUGUAUGUGCAAGACUCGGAGUGGCCAAACCUUCCAAAAACUGAAAAGCUAGUAAGGGCACACUUUAUUCAAUAAAUAAAACUUUCAAAUAAUGACUCACAUAAUUACCAUAAUUACAAUUGGAAUUAAAUCAAAAGUCUUAUGAUGAUGAAUGUAUUUAAUGUCAAUGCACACUUCUUUAAUAAUUGAUGACUAAUUUCAUAAUGUCAUUAUUUUCAGGUUUUAAUGAUUUAUUUCUAACAUUUAAUGGUUUAUUAAAUGCAUUGUCACAUUAAAUGUACACAUUUAACACCAACAUGUUUAAUUUCAAUUAAUGCCACAUUUUUAAUUAUUUAUUGAAAUAUUUAUUAA